UUUACGAAAGAAAUUGAUUCGUUAACAUCACUAGUGUCGCCAUAUUUAGUCAAAUAUUAUGGCAGUUGUUUACAUUCAAAUAAAAUCUAUAUAGCAAUGGAAUUCUGUAUAAUGUCGUUGAAAGAGGCUAUCAAACUGAAAGCACAGGUAUUCAGUAGACAACCAUUCAGUGGACAGCCUAUGGAUUGUAUCGAAUAUUUUAUUACCUGUGAAUUAUUACGCGAACUACUAGAAUGUGUCAAUGGUUUGCAUGAAUUAUCAGUUAUUCAUAGGGAUCUGAAACCGGAAAAUAUAUUGAUAACCCAUAGCAUACAAAACGGCCGUUUUGUUAAACUAUGCGAUUAUGGUUUUAUGACUGUCCAUCAAUCAAAUGGCCAGUUGCAUACUAAUGGUUUGGGAACACCUAAAUAUAUGGCCCCAGAAGUCAAGGCCCGACAAUUAUACGAUACAAAAUCAGAUAUCUAUAGUAUUGGUAUUACUAUUGAGGAUAUGUUUGAAACAAAUAUCAAUUGUAAAUAUAAUAAAUACAAAUCGUGCGGUUGGUCUGCAAAAUAUUUGAAACUAUUGGAUAUAAUACGUCAGACAACUGGUGUUAAACGAAAUUUAAGGCCUACUUGUGCUGAAAUUUUAGCCCAAUAUCAGGACUGGUCUAUUGAUUAUCGACUAUUUACUGGUAAUCUAAUGAUUUUUUAUAGACUACUAGAACUUAAAGACAAGGAACGGGAGCUUAGAGUCGAUGAUAGGAAUAGUGAACCAGAGUUUUGGGAGUUUGUGUUUUCAUUUUUUAUCGUACAAACAACUAAAUGA